AUGUACGUGAGCUACCUGCAGCUGGACAAGGACCCCGCCAUGUACCCGCACCAGAACCCGGUCACGCGCCACCCGGGCCUGAGCCUCAGCCCGCAGAACUUCUCGGUGCCCGCCCCCCCGCAGUACCCGGACUUCGCCUCCUACCACCACCACCACCACGGCAUCGGCAACGAGCAACACCCGGCCCAGCAAGCCCCGCCGGCGGCCGGCGGCUGGAGCCCGGCAUACCCGCCUCCUCCGCCCGCGCGGGACGACUGGUCCUCGCAUCCCUACGCGCCUCCCGCGGCCUCCUCCGUGACCGGUACGGUGGGCACCACCCUGGGAUUCGGGCCCACGGAGUUCCCCGGCCAGCCGCCUGCGCUGAUCCCCGCCUCCCUGAACGCCUCCGCGGGGCCACUGUCCCCCGGCUCCCCGCGGAGGAGGACCCCGUACGAGUGGAUCCGCACCUCCGCGCCGCCCAGCAACCCCAAUGGAAAGACACGAACUAAAGACAAAUACCGAGUGGUUUACACCGACCACCAGCGGCUCGAGCUCGAGAAGGAGUUUCACUACAGCAAAUACAUCACCAUCAGAAGGAAGGCGGAGCUUGCCACGGCACUCAGUCUGUCAGAGAGACAGGUAAAGAUUUGGUUUCAGAACCGGCGAGCAAAGGAGCGCAAGAUCAACAAGAAGAAACUCCAGCAGCCGGCUUCCUCUACCACUACGCCAACCCCUCCCACCGGCAGUAACGGCAGCGGCGGAGGAGGUGGAGGCAAUGGCCUCCAUGCAAACGGGAGCAGCAACGUCGCGAUGGUGACAAGUAGCAGUGGGAGCAACGGGCUGGUGUCUCCUUCUCUAGCUCUGAACAUCAAAGAGGAGUACUGA